GAUUAAUAUCUUUUUUUAUAAUUUAUAAUUAAAAUUUAAAAUCAUUAAUGGCAAAAAUAAAAAAAAUGAGAAGAAAAAAAGAAUGGGCAGACCCAUUGCUUUUCCGUUCUUUCUUUUCACACUCCGCAUUUAUAAAUAAGUCAUCGGAUCCUGAAACACAAGGAUCAGAAAUGGAUUCCAGGUGGCGGGAGAGGGGCCAACCCGACGGCGUUAAGCUGCCGGAAAGCCCAGUGAAGCCCAUAGAGUAUCUGCCCAGAUCACGGAGCGCCGCCUCCGCUAUGCAACAGGUCUGCAACGCCUUACCUUCUCCCCCUGCUCCGGCCAAUUCCUCCCUGUUUCCCAAGGUCACUCCGGUGGCCCCCGCCGACGGCGACGCCGACACGGCGAGGCUCUCCGGGAACACAUUCUCCUUCCGCGAUUUGUCCUCAACCUCCCAUCUCGUCCUUGAGCGCAUCAUGUCACAAUCCAUGCAGAAUGAGAUAAUGUCGCCGUUAACGUCGGGGAGGCUGUCUUACGGCAGCGAAACAUUUAACGGUUCAAUGACGGAAGAAACGGAUAGCGCAACUCCAAUCUCUCCCUCCGAGGAGUUUGAAGAUGUCAUUAAGUACCUGAGAGCAAACAACUCCCUGCUACCGCUGUUCACAAACACGAAGAGCUUCAAUGGCGGCACCGGCACCGGCAGCGGCGGGGCCAGCAGUCCCAUGCUUGGGAAUAACAACACCGUAAAGAAGUGGCUUAAGCAUAGAAGGAACAAGAAGAAGGAGGAGGCCAGAGCGCGGAACGCACAGAUCCACGCCGCGGUCUCCGUCGCCGGACUGGCCGCCUCGGUGGCCGCCGUCGCCGCUAGUACGGCGGCCGCAUCUUCCGCCGGAGAAGAUGAAGUGGCGGCCAAGACAGACAUCGCCGUGGCUUCAGCGGCGAUGCUGGUGGCCGCGCAAUGCGUGGACGCCGCGGAAGCUAUGGGAGCGGACCGGGACCGCCUCAUGACCUCAGUUAACUCCGCCUUUAACGUCCAAUCCCACGAGGAUAUCUCCACCCUCACGGCUGCGGCUUCCACCGCACUUAGGGGAGCAGCUACUCUGAAGGCAAGGGCAUUGAAGGAAGUUUGGAACAUUUCAACAGUGAUUCCCAUAGACAGGGGAAAUGGAAUGGGAACACCAGGCGGAUACAACAACAAUGGCUGCUACGAAGGACUCGACAUCGAAGAGAACUUCCUUGGAGUCUGCAACCAAGAACUGUUGGCCCGAGGUUGCGAGCUUCUAAAGAGAACCCGCAACGGUGAUCUUCAUUGGAAAGUUGUGUCUGUUUACAUUCAUCGUACCGGGAAGGUGAUGUUGAAGAUGAAGAGCAAACAUGUGGGAAACACCAUCACCAAAAGGAAAGAAAAUGUAGUAUUGGAAGUGUACAAAGAUAUUCCGGCAUGGCCGGGGAGGCACCUGUUUGACGACGGAGUGCAACGCAGAUACUUUGGGUUGAGGACGGAGGUGCGCGGCGUGGUUGAGUUUGAAUGCAAGGACUUGAAGCAAUAUGAGAUGUGGACUCAAGGCGUCUCGAGACUUCUCUAUAUCGUCGCUGAAAGGAGGAGGAGAUUCCACAAUUAAAUACAAUAUAUAUAUAUAUAUAUACAUACAUACAUACUGUAUUUAACAAAACAUAAAGAUCACAGAAAUUA